GUGUGAGAGAAAGAGGUCAGAGUAAUAACUGUAUUGACAGCUAUUACUGGUAUACAUAUGGGUACAUGAGUGGCAGUAAUCUUUCUCAUAACUACAUCUUAAAAAGCAGUAUAUUUAUGAAUGGUUGAUGGUUCAGGAGCAGUGUUCUCUCCCUCUCAUCCACCUGACUGGUGACAGACUGACGAUGCUGUGAUUAUUAUCAGCUGAGAGAUAGCUAUAUAUAGCAACAUUGUACAAUAACCAUAAGAGUCAGCAGGCUAAGUAGUGAGUAAUUUGGUGAAAUGUGGCGAUGUUUCUCAAGAGCCCAAAGGUACUCUAAAGUACUCAGGGCAGCCAGCUCAGAGUCACAUUGCCGACAGAAGGCAAGCAGCGACCCUCUCCACAGACCCAGACUGACUGUAUGCAUCGAGGGCAACAUCGGCAGCGGGAAGACAACCCUACUGGAACAUUUUUCACAAUUCCCUAAUGUGGAGAUUACAUGGGAGGACGUGGACAGUUGGUGUGAUGUUGAGGGCUACAAUCUGCUGCAGAUGGCUUACCAGGACUCCAGUAGGUGGGCACAUCUACUGCAGACCUAUGCUCAACUAACUUUUGCCACCGGUCAUGGAAAGGGCGUCUCUGAUGGGUCAAAGGUGAAGCUGAUGGAGAGGUCAAUCCAUAGUGCAAGGUACUGCUUCUUGGAAAAUCAGUACAGAAGUGGAAUUAUCACUGAAGCAGAAUACCUGGUGGCCUGUUAUUGGUAUCGACAACUGACUUCCAUCACAGACUGUCAGGCUGACUUAGUGGUAUAUCUGCGGACAAACCCACAGUCAUGCUAUGACCGUGUGAUGGGAAGAGGCCGCCCUGAAGAGGUUGGCCUACCUCUACAGCUCUUGCAAGACCUCCAUGAGCGACAUGAGGAGUGGUUGCUGGAAGAAAGGUUUCCAACAUAUGGUCCUGUAACAGUGCUAAAUGCCAAUGCUGACUUGCCUGCCAUGCUAAAGGAGUACUAUACACUUGAGGCCUUCUUGGCUGGGACAGCAGACAAAAGCUGAUGGAAAGGCAUGGUUUGAACAUCCCUAGAUUUAGCUGCUGCACUGACUUAUUACUUUAUCAAAGUUCAGUGUUGUCUUGAUUUGACAAUGUAAAAUCUAGUCAAAUUUGGUGGAAAACUUUCCACUAUUGCUAAGUCAUCAGUAUAAUUAACCUUUCUUAUGUAAAUUCAAAUAAUUCCACAGACAGGCACUUCCUAGAUGUAAGACCUUAAGAGUAAGGUUGAGAUGUAAAGAACACUUUUAAUCUAAUAGAAUUUUGCAUGGUGGUAUGAGGCAAGCAAUUGAAAGAACCACCACAAUUCCCUUCUUCCUUCUCUCUCUCUCUCUCUCUCUCUCUCUCUCUCUCUCUCUCUCUCUCUCUCUCUCUCUCUCUCUCUCUCUCUCUCUCUACACACCUUAAUGAGAAGAAUGAAAGGCCUAAUAGCUCAUGGUUGAGUGUAAGUAUUGGAUGCAAAGUGUAAUAUAUAAUUAAGGAAAUAAACUUUUUGAUUCAAA